CAGCCAGUUCGCAGCAUGUCGCGCAUGGGACUGGUGGAAAUGAACUACCGCGAGGAGGCUUUCCUUUUUCAAGUGCAUGAGCUACAGUACCCAGAUGCCGGCAGCGGCCGGGAUGAAAGGGAGCUGCAUGUUUUAAGGCUUUGGUGUAGUCAGGUGCUGGCUUGUGUUGUAGUGAAUAAAUAUAGGCAAGGAAGCGAGCACCGCACUCGUAAGUCGUGCCCUCAAUCUAAGUGCCACGAGUCGGCCCUUGCCCUCGCGGAGUGUCUUUUUUGUUUUGUUUCUUUACUAUCUAGUCACGAUUGAGUCGUAAUGAAAGAAUAAGACGCCAGGCAGCUACUGAGAAUUAGUCUGGGCGCUUCUGCGACUCUUAAGUAACUGCUUUGGCCCCGGCCUUCCGCUUUCAAUGGUUUUUGCAUCAAGAGACUACUUCCUUAGCUCUAACUUUGGCGGCAGUAAAGAUCGAGUUUGCAGCGGUGCC